CUUGAGAUUUCAGUCUGUCGCACCGCGGCAUCAGAACAAGGUCCAAAAGGACUACUCAUCCGGUUUUUUUUGGAACAGCUCUGUUUAAAAAAAAAAAAAGCAACCGUUCACUUUCAGGCACCGGCUCCUUUUUGACUAACGGUCCUCCAUGAGAUUCUUCAGGCUUACCUUCAAGUGCUUCGUCGACUGCUUCUGAGUCUCCUGCGUCUCACGGCGCCUGCUGACAUUUUUUUUUAAAUUAAAAAACAUCUCUUGGCUGAGCUAAGUGGUUCCAGUGUGUGGAAAAACUGCGACCUAUUAAUAUUCUUAAUUGUAUUUUUGUAUUUCCAAGAGGCAAAAUAAACUGAGAAAAUCUGAAAAGACAACCGGGGCGCACUGCAUGGUGUUAAAUAUAUAUUUGCCUCUCUUGGCACGGUUACCCACCCUAGUCUAUAACUAAGAGCUAGCCAGCCAACUCGCUUUUUCGAUUUCAUUUUUCCCCUGCCGCAGUCCAACAGUAUGUCACCUGAGUUGGGAGAAAGUAGCCAAGGUGAAAUCAGCCUUCCCCAGUUGCAGGUCGGGGACCUUUCUGAAGGAGAGGGUGGGGGAUCAGCUCACCCUCUGGUGCCUGUGCCCGGAACCGGCCCUGGGUGUGGUGAGGGCGGAGGAACUGGUCCCCCGCUUUCCCAGGACGGAGCUGCCAUUGGGACAGGGAAUGGUGCUGUCGCUGUACCUGUGGUGGAGAGAGAAACCUGGACCAGACAGAUGGACUUCAUCAUGUCUUGCGUGGGAUUUGCAGUAGGCUUGGGCAACGUGUGGCGCUUCCCUUACCUUUGCUACAAGAACGGAGGAGGCGUGUUUCUUAUCCCUUACCUGCUGAUAGUUUUCAUUGGGGGAAUCCCAGUAUUUUUCCUGGAAAUCGCUCUGGGACAGUUCAUGAAGCAGGGAGGGGUCUCUGCCUGGAACAUUGCACCUCUUUUCAAAGGUCUGGGCUUAGCAUCAAUGGUGAUUGUGUUUUUCUGCAACACCUACUACAUCAUGAUUCUUGUGUGGGGCCUCUACUUUCUCUUCCACUCCUUUACCAACCCACUGCCGUGGGCCACCUGUGGCAACCCCUGGAACACCCCCAAUUGCACAGAGGACUUCCGUCGCACCUGCCACAACCGCAGUGCAAUUCAGAUGGCAUCUGCUGCUCAAGACAUGAACGUGUCCUCAGUCAGGUUCCUCCUCAACAACAGCUGCAUGGAGAUUGAAGGCAUGCGCUCUCCAGUCAUCGAGUUCUGGGAACGUAAAGUUCUCCGUCUUUCUGGCGGUCUUCAUGAGCCCGGUAACAUCAGCUAUGAGAUGGUGCUCUGUCUCCUCGCCACCUGGAUCAUUGUUUACUUCUGCAUGUGGAAGGGAGUUAAAUCUACAGGCAAGGUUGUAUACUUCACAGCUCUGUUCCCCUAUGUGGUUCUGGUUGUUCUGUUGGCCCAUGGUGUCACCUUACCUGGAGCUCUAGAUGGGAUUUUAUAUUACCUAAAACCAGAUUGGUCCAAACUGGGAGAAGCACAGGUGUGGAUUGAUGCUGGUACCCAGAUUUUCUUCUCCUAUGCCAUCGGGCUGGGUGCCCUGACUGCACUGGGCAGCUACAACCGCUUCCAUAACAACUGUUACCAAGAUGCGUUUGUGCUGGCCCUCAUUAAUAGUGGAACCAGCUUCUUUGCCGGCUUUGUCGUGUUCUCUGUGUUGGGCUUCAUGGCUGCAGAGCAAGGUGUGGACAUCAGUAAGGUAGCUGAGAGUGGACCCGGCCUGGCCUUUAUAGCGUACCCCAAGGCUGUAACUCUGAUGCCAAUGGCCCCGCUCUGGGCUGCACUCUUCUUCUUUAUGUUGCUCAUAUUGGGCCUCGACAGUCAGUUUGUCGGAGUAGAGGGUCUGAUAACCGGAAUCAUGGACAUGCUUCCCCCCAAAUCUACCCUGGGUUCCUUGCGGCGAGAGGUGGUGGCAGCCAUCUGCUGCGUCAUCUGCUUCCUCAUUGACAUGUCUAUGGUCACAGAGGGAGGGAUGUAUGUCUUCCAAUUGUUUGACUACUAUUCUGCCAGCGGCAUCACUCUGCUGUGGCAGGCUUUCUGGGAGUGUGUGGUCAUUGCUUGGGUCUAUGGCGCAGACCGUUUCAUGGAUGAUGUGUCCCGUAUGAUUGGUUAUCAGCCCUUACCCUACAUGAAGUGGUGCUGGUCUUAUGUAACACCCUUUGUCUGUGUGGGAGUGUUCUUCUUUCAUGUAGUGAACUACAAGCCCCUAACCUACAACACUGUGUACACCUACCCCUUGUGGGGUGAAAUGCUUGGCUGGGCAUUGGCUCUCUCCUCUAUGCUUUGUAUCCCACUGACUGUUGUCUACAAGUUGCUGCGCUGCAAAGGAUCACUGCGGGAGCGAUGGCAGCACCUAACCACACCAGUUUGGGGCAGACAUCACCUGGAUUACCUCGCCCCAGAAAGCGAAGCCAAACUGCUGCCCCCUGCAGAAUCCAAGAAUGCCCAUCUCUUUGAAAGUGUCAUCUAAUAGUCAAAGCCCCUUAGAGCUCAGGAGCAAAAAUUGUCCUUUAACAUCAGCAAUCAGCACCCUCACACUCAUUCACCAGUUACUAAAAAUACUUACACACCACACUGGACUCGUAGGGCAAAGUGUACCCUACGAUCUUGGAACUAUUGAAUAAGACUCACACAAAUGGACCAAAUAUUAGAUUGGAAAAUACAUUAAUACAGUUAUGAAAACUUCUUUGACUCUACUAACUGACUAGUGCUAAUUUUUUCUGAUGCUUGCUUCUUGUGCUGUCCUGUCUCUUGUGAUACGUCCCUUGUAGUUGCACUUAGGCGCUUUCCGUCAGGGUUUCAAUAGCCUCAUCCCAUACUGUCACACCAUUUUGAGAAUGUUACCUGAAAAUAUUACAAUGAAACCCUGUAUCCGCUGCUGCAAUGUCAUGGUCUGAGAUGCAUGUACAGCGUGGAUGAGUAAGGGUUUUCUACCAACUGUACAAAAAACACUUCCAUUGGAAAUAUAAAAUGAAGCCAAUCCAUCUCCACUUCCAAAUGUGUUAUGUACUAACUCCAGUAUCCGGUGUUUUUUAGGCUCUGUGAUUCAGUGUUAUCAAUAUUCAGACUGCAUCAUGAUCAGUAUUUUCACCCUAAGAGAAAGUUAGACUAAUGUGCGCUACAUGGAAGGAAAGGGGACAGUGUGGACUGUAUUGAAAUACUCAAUAAAAGACCAACAUCUAA